AUGCAGAAGAUAGUAGCGUUCUGGAGAGAUGAGUAUGACUGGCGUGCAGAAGAGGCACGAUUGAACGCCUUGGGCCCACAGUUCCAAACAGAUAUCGAUAUCGACGGAUUAGGAACAAUAAACCUACACUUCCUGCAUGCGAAGAGCAAACAAUCCAACGCGAUUCCUCUCUUGUUCAUUCAUGGCUGGCCAGGGUCGUUUAAUGAAGUCAGCGGGGUUCUCCCUCUUUUCCUCGAAGCUGGGUUCGAUGUCGUUGCGCCAUCGUUGCCUGGCUAUGGGUUCUCUUCCUACCCUGAUAUAGCCGGUUUUUCAUUCGAACAUUGCGCGGCCGUAUUCUCAAAGCUCAUGGGCAUUCUGGGCUAUGAAAGCUAUGUCAUCCAAGGAGGCGAUUGGGGCUCAGAUGUUGGACGAACGAUGUCGCUCACAUAUCCCAAAAACAUUGUUGCAUAUCAUGCGAACACCCUUCCAAUGAGUAAACCAGAUUUCGGUGGAAAGGAGCCAGCUUAUUCAAAGUUUGAGCAAGCAUUGCUUGAUCGUAUGACAUGGUUCGAGGAAAGCGAGUGGGCUUAUUAUUCAGUCCAGGCCACAAAACCCCGCACUUUCGGAUACGCGCUACACGAUUCGCCUGUUGGGAUGUUGGCUUGGAUGGCCGACAAGCUCUUCCUAUGGGCCGAAGACUACGAUUGGACAUACACAGAAAUUAUUACAUGGACAUUAUUACAUUAUUUCCCAGGACCAACGACAGGAAUGCAAUGGUAUGCCGACCAUCCCAAUUUCGAAAUGCUAGAUAAGGACGCUUGGUUGCGUAAGACAUAUCUGGAGGUGCCGACUGGCUUCAGCGCAUUCCCAAAGGAAAUUGGAAUGGGGCCGAGAUCAUGGGCCGAGACCAUAUUCAACGUGCAGUUCUGGAGGGAGCAUCCUAUCGGUGGGCACUUUGCAGCUUAUGAAAGACCGAACGAGCUGGGACAGGACGCAAUCGAAUUCUUCCAGUCUAUCUGGGAGAAAAAAGCUUCGAAGUUGCAGCGUUAA